AUGGCUGCUCAGCAAAAGCAAAUUGCUCUCGUUCGCGACGCGGGCACGAAAGAUGUUGCAGUCGUCAUCAGCACACUUGCCGAGUACGGGAUUCCCUCAGCAAUGUACGGCGUUAAUGCAGCGACUCACCACAAUGGAGGUCUUUGUCCCCUGGACAUCGAGCUUGUUGUGAAUGAAGAGGACCAGAGUCGUGCAUUUGAUCUCCUCACAGCUCAGGGCGCUCUUCCUAUGGUGCCUGUGAACAGCAUUACAGAGCGGCCAACCGACUUCAAUCAGUGGCGACAGCUCGCCAAAUCAUACCAGUAUUUCGAUCGGUGUCGCACUCGACUCAGUACUCCUAUUUAUCAACUUCCUCCAACAGAAGAUGCGCUCGAUGAUAUGCUUCUUCCAUUCGUCGUUCUUUACUCUGCCGAGUCGGUUGGUCUGCCACCGGUUCCAUCCGUCAAAUCCGACAAGCAAACUUUGCCAAGUAAGACGAUGGCGUCUACGAACGCAUAUGUUUCACUAUCCACCCUUUCUUCUCUUGAUACUGCUCAAGGCACUACACAAAGAAAUGGUAGCUGCCUAAUCCCGACCUUUUCAAAGCUUGUAAAGUCAGAAAUGCACAUCCUCUUAUCUCACGCCGAGUUUCACUCGCCAGUAUGGGGACAACACAUGGCUCAACUUUCCGAACUUAUAAAUUCGCGAGACCCAGGCGAUCUAAGUCUGGAUUUAAGUCCUCGGUACGCAGACUUUUUGGAGUGGGUAUUGUUGAGCAUGAAAGGAGACGCGGAUUACGCAGAAUUAGACGGGUUAAAGGAAUCUUACAGGCAGGAGCAGCUACCGUAA